GCCUGCAGCCUCCGCGAACCGCGGCCGCCGCCGCACAGCCCGCUUUCUCUCCGCGCCUCGCUCUGACUCCGGCGCGCUCAGCGCCGGGACCCCUGCCCGAGCUUGGGGGCGCCCUGCUCCUCGCCCCUCGGUCCCGGACCCCCGACCGUGACGCGGCCAGGCUGCGCCCCGCAGUGGAACCGCUCCGUUCGCCGCGGGCUUUGGCGGCCGCCCGCGGCUCAGUCUGGCCGGAGGACCGGCAAGGAAGGAAGGGGAAAGCGGGGACACACACACCGGCCGCGGCGCGCGCGCACUGCACACUCGCAGCCGCGCGCCACCGCCGAGGCGCGUCCGGGGCGAGUUUGGACCCGCGGCUCCGGCCCGGCACCUGCCCGCUCUCCUCGCUGCGCCCCAGCCCGGGCCCCGCCCCGCGGACCCUUCGGCCCCUUGCUUGCACAGCUCUCUCUUCGCCUGGGGGAAGCGACAACGUCCCAAUAACUUGCAGACUGUGGCGCAACUGGUCUCGACACCGGAGGCGCCCGAAUGCUGUCCGGGUGAGGGAUCUGGGAAGGAAAACAGUCUCAACAAUGAAUAAGCCACUCAUCACAACCAACUGCAGAUGACUUGCCAUUUCAUUUAUAAAGAUGUCAUCUGCUGCUGAAAAUGGAGAUGCAGCACCUGGGAAACCAAAUGAAGAAAAAACCUAUAAAAAGACUGCAUCAUCUGCCAUCAAAGGUGCUAUUCAGCUGGGAAUAGGCUACACAGUGGGUAACCUCACCUCCAAGCCAGAUCGAGAUGUUCUCAUGCAAGAUUUUUACGUGGUGGAAAGUGUGUUCCUACCCAGUGAAGGGAGCAAUCUGACCCCAGCACAUCACUACCCAGACUUCAGAUUUAAGACGUAUGCUCCACUAGCAUUCCGAUAUUUCAGAGAACUUUUUGGUAUCAAGCCUGAUGAUUACUUGUAUUCCAUAUGCAGUGAACCUCUAAUAGAGCUGUCUAACCCUGGAGCCAGUGGAUCCUUGUUUUUUGUGACCAGUGAUGAUGAAUUUAUCAUCAAAACAGUUCAACAUAAAGAAGCAGAGUUCCUUCAGAAGCUGCUGCCAGGCUAUUACAUGAAUUUAAACCAGAAUCCGAGGACUCUUUUGCCAAAAUUUUAUGGACUGUACUGCAUGCAGUCGGGGGGCAUCAACAUCAGGAUUGUAGUCAUGAACAACGUCUUACCCCGCUCCAUGAGAAUGCACUUUACUUAUGACCUGAAGGGCUCCACCUAUAAGCGCAGAGCAUCCCGAAAAGAGAGGGAGAAAUCCAACCCCACAUUUAAGGACCUAGACUUCCUGCAAGACAUGCACGAAGGGUUGUAUUUUGAUACAGAAACAUACAAUGCGCUCAUGAAGACGCUUCAGAGAGACUGCCGGGUGCUAGAAAGCUUCAAGAUUAUGGACUAUAGCCUUUUGCUGGGAAUCCACGUCUUGGACCAUUCCCUCAAAGAGAAAGAAGAGGAAACUUCACAAAAUGUGCCUGAUGCUAAGCGUCCUGGGAUGCAAAAAGUUCUCUACUCAACAGCAAUGGAAUCCAUCCAGGGGCCAGGGAAAUCUGGAGAUGGGAUCAUCACAGAGAACCCAGACACAAUGGGAGGCAUUCCAGCUAAAAGUCAUAAGGGAGAAAAACUACUUUUAUUCAUGGGCAUUAUUGACAUUCUGCAGUCAUAUAGGUUAAUGAAAAAGUUGGAACAUUCCUGGAAAGCUCUUGUUUAUGAUGGGGACACUGUUUCGGUUCAUAGACCAAGCUUUUAUGCAGACAGAUUUCUAAAGUUUAUGAAUUCCAGAGUUUUCAAGAAAAUUCAAGCUUUGAAGGCCUCGCCAUCUAAAAAACGGUGCAAUUCCAUUGCCGCCCUAAAGGCAACCUCACAGGAGAUUGUGUCCUCAAUCAGCCAGGAGUGGAAGGAUGAGAAGCGUGACUUGCUGACCGAAGGGCAGAGUUUUAGCAGCCUUGAUGAAGAAGCGCUGGGAUCCCGACACAGGCCAGAUCUGGUGCCUAGCACCCCGUCGCUGUUUGAAGCCACUUCCUUGGCGACCACAAUUUCAUCUUCUUCCUUAUACGUCAAUGAACAUUAUGCCCAUGAUAGGACAACGCUUUAUUCAAACAGUAAAGGGUUACCUUCCAGUUCAACCUUUACCUUGGAAGAGGGGACCAUCUAUUUGACUUCUGAGCCAAACACCCUGGAAAUGCAGGAUGAUAAUGCCUCUGUGCUUGACGUCUAUUUAAUAUUCAACUCAAGGGAAGUGUUUUUGAAGAUGAUUUUAUCCAGUGACCAAAGAUGUGUUUUCCACUGAAUUUUGAGUUGACGACACAGAUGAGGGUAUUUAAAAGAAUACAACAGAAAUGAGCAGGCUCUAUUGAUUUUAAAUGGGCAAUCACACAGUCUUCAUAAUAGAGCCAGAUUCCACUUUCUGAAUGGUCUCAGCUAUUCUAAGGCACCAAUCACUGUAGCUGUUAUGUCAGUUCCUCAGGCAGCUUCUUUGCCUGAUACGAAUGUAAUUUGGUGUUAAUGGGAAGAGGAACAAGCAACAAAAAGCACUGCAGCUGAAAAAUGUCGUGGGCAAGAAUGUCCUUUUUUAUGAGUAGCUGGGAAUGGGUGGGUAAGUGGGAGAUAAUGGGAUUGCUUUUUAAAAUAAUAUAAACAUUUCAAAGAGGGCUGCCAGAAAACAACGAUUUUCUUCUCUUAUUUAGUCCUGAGGUUAUGCCCCUUUUCUUUUUACACUUUCCAUAUUAACAGCCUUGCAAUAAUAUGUCCUUGCAUCCAGAUAAGUGUUUCUGCAAGAUGUCUGUUUGAAGUGCAAAAAUAGCUGUGAGCAAAGAAACAGUUAAGCCAUUUAUUUUUCAGCCAUGCCAGUCUGGGAGAUUAGGACUCUGAUGUGCAGCUGCUGGACAGCUUGGUUAUUUAGUGUGUCUUUAGGGUGGUUAAUAAUACUCUUUGAUCAUAGGAUGAAGGGUGGCAGAGAAGUGAAAAUGAUUGAAUUAACAGCUUAUCAUACUAUUAAGUGGGAGAAAAGCCUGAGAAAAGAAGAAAAACACUCUAAAUUAGGUCACGGGGGUCCUAGAAAAUUCAGUGAGACUUUGUGGCAAGACAGACUGCAUUUCUGGACUUGACUCCGACCUGACUUGGCUGGCAUCGAAGUUAAUGACCUGUAUGUAAAGUAUCAAGUCUCUUUAAUCACUCCUUGCAUGAGCCAGCAUUGGCUGCUGCCCAAGAUAUUUAUUCGAAACAGUGGCAAUUCUAUCCCUGCUCAGCAGAGAGCUAGAUUCCCCAUCAACCAAAGAUGCUGCUCAAGGUUUUGGUAGGUUUUAGAGCAAAAUAGGAAGAGAAGAGGCAGAGGCUGCCUUUGGUUUGGAAGGCAUUUCACCAGGAUGUCGUUCCCUUCCACCAGUAUGACCAUAUCGAGAAAUGAAGAGAUUUCAGAAAGGGCAA